AUGGGUUGUGGUGCAUCUCACCCGCCGGGAGUCGAACCCAUCUCCAGCAAGGAUGAUGGCACAUGGGCCCAGAAACCCCCUGGGCAGGCCAAAAAAGUCGAGCUCAACUUCAGCGAAACCAUCGGGAGCACCGAGAUUUUAGCACCGAGCCUGGCCAUGAACCACACACUUGUCAUUGCAAAUCCAGAUGAGGAGAUGCAGCGCAACUCAAUGGCCAGCAUCGGUACCGAGAAGUCCGGCGAAGUCCAUCCGUUCAGUAUACCCUUUGGUGACGAGCAUCCAUCUCCCAGCCUUCGGCCAGAGCUAUUGUCGCUGCUGGGAUCUUCGACCGUCCCAAACUCGCCCCCUGCGGUCCCACAGCCCCAGGCUUUACAAUCAACAUCUCUGGACACUUCGCCAGUCGCUACCGCCGUCGGAGCCAGCGAUGCAUCAGAGGAUCAUUUGGCCAUUGUAGGAUCGCAUUUGCCAGUCCACAUCCGAAUCAACCCCACCAAUACGGAGCCCUUGGCAUCUCCAAAACUAUUGCUGGAUGAUGAGCCGGCGGUCGAUCCAGCCGAUCUCGAAGAAGUCAUCGUCGAGGAUCAUAGCGACCCAAACGAACUUUCCGAACAGGACCCCACCAAGUGGCUCGAUGAUGAAUUCGAGGCCGAUCUCGGGGCCGACGAGCCCGGUGAGCCCGAUGAGCCCGACAUCGAGUUUAAUGCAGUCACAGAUCCCACCGAUGUCGACGACGAAAAGCGGGUACGGGGCCUCCCUCUGGCAUCGAUAGCUCCGCUGAGCAAGGAGCCUUCAAAAAAAUCGCUGUCUCAACCGGCAACAGAUUAUGUCCCUGUUAUCGCCACUAAUGACGGCCCAUCAGCACUCCCAGAGAAGGGUGGGGUCGACGUGGACGAUGCCAGCAGCUUCGACAGCAGAAACAAAAGAAACGAAGCAUCCGAUGACGAUUUUGAUCUCGAAGACAUCUUUGACGACAACUACCGUAAACUCCAGGGCAAUAGACGGCAGAAUCCGUCGGCAGUCGUAGCUGCAGCAGACGACAGAGACAACCGAGUAGAGAACUCUGAGCACUCCGCUGAUCCAAACACUCCUCAAGCGUCCCAGAUUGGAGGGCCAGCGUCAACUACACUGGAUGCUCGUGUCCCGAAGGUUGAGAUGAGUGCUGAGAAUGGUGGCAAUGCAGCAGAAGCAACAGCAACCGGGACAAACACAGUUCCGGAUCCACCACCGAGUCUUCCUGGACCAAUUUUAUCCGUCCGUGAUCAAGACAUGACUGUGUCAAGCGAACUGCAUCUGCCCUCGACCGCCGUGUCGGUGCAGGCCUCUCUCGAAACCAUCGUGCUUGAAGAAAUCGCCGUGCGGCCGUCGUUCAAGAGCAAGGCCAAAACGAUCGAGGAGGAGGAGGACUGACGUAACUGCAGGCGGAGCCAGAUAGUCAAC